AGCAUUCUGUUGCGUAUUCAAAAUGGCAGCCUUCACUGUGACAGCAAAUGGCGGUACAUUUCUGAGUCGUUUGAUUGGACACAUUCAUUCAAGUCUAUUCUCCAGGUUUGUCGACCCCCGCACACAGGUUGCCUGCCUUCACACCAGUGCAGUAUUACAUACCAAAAACUGGGAAAGAAAAAAUCGCAUUUUAUAUCCGCCUCAACAGAAGGAUGAGCCUCCCAGACCUGCCGAGAUAUACCACAGCAGACGUCAAAUUAAGUACAGCAAAGACAAGAUGUGGUACCUAGCUAAGCUGAUUAGAGGAAUGACCAUUGAUCAGGCUCUUGCUCAGCUUGAGUUCAAUGACAAGAAGGGAGCCAAAGUGAUAAAAGAGGUUCUUUUGGAAGCCCAAGACAUGGCUGUGAAGAACCACAAUGUUGAAUAUAAAUCAAAUUUGCAUGUUGCUGAGUCCUUCUCGUCCAAAGGCAAAUACCUCAAACGCAUUCGGUACCACGGCCGAGGCAUGUUCGGUAUCAUGGACAAAGUUUACUGCCAUUACUUUGUGAAGCUGGUCGAGGGCAUGCCACCCACAGUGGAGCAAUCGACUGCAUUUGACCAGGCCAAGGAGUACGUCGAACAGCUUAAGAAACGGACGAUCAUCUACUCCCUUUAGUUUAAGCCUCUACCCGCCAAGAUGUUGUGUUUAUGUAAAUAGUAUUGGAAUAAACAACUGGUGUCCACUGUUUAAAAAAAAAAUCUGGUGCUUUGUUCAGUAUUGAGUUCUUGGAAACAACACGUUCAGAUUCAAACAAGCGUGCACCACAACAGCCUUUCAUCUUGAUCAUUGUUCUUAUAUCAUAUUUUCAUUCACAGUGUUCAUGAUUAAUCUGUACUAAUAAACUAUUAGUAUGUCACA